AUGGACACCGCGACCAGUACGAAUAAUACUGUAUUAGAAACCGAGAAUAUUGAAUUGACAGAAAUAGCACUUGAUUUGACUUUAGCUUUUGUGAAUGAGCCACCACCGUUAGUACCCAUUGAAAGAGAUCUGCCAUCAAAACGCCAAAGGGAUUCGCAAACCGAAUUCAAUUUGAUGGCAAAAAAGUCGAAGCCAAACGAAAAUAUAACAGUUCAAGAAGAGGCACAGCCAAGUGUGGUAAAACCACCAAUGAUACGGAUACCACAGUAUCCGUUACGAGACUCUGCGUUAGGCGAACAUAACAGCAUUGAUGAGAUUAUGCGAUCUAUGGCUCUUCAACCGAUCUUUGAAGAUUUCGUUGCAGUUUUACACGGGAAGAAAAUCGACGAAUUGGGUACAUUGAAUACCUCAAAUUUACAAGAAAGUGUCCGCACCGCACCUCCCACGGCGUUAGUACAGAAAGCACUUAAUAAGGUGAAGGAACGGAAUAAGGAAAACCAACUUUCCAAUAUUGCGAAUGUGAAUGAAGUCUUCUCUACCAAUGGCGGGUUGUCUGAUUUUGAACUAGGACCGAAUGGAACACGAUUACCAAUAGAAGAUUUGCGAAAAAUUAAGUGGAAGGGCAUAUCAAGUGCCACGCGAUCACUUUUGGAUCUAAUGUUCGACCGCGAAACACUUGCCACACAUACUCUGAGUGGCAAUUCUUUCGGAAGUUUGCAGAAUCGCAUUUGUCCACUUAAAGGUCAAUUAGAUCCGCUUAAAGUUAAGGAUUUAAUAUAUUUUUUGAAACAGAAAUUUGAUUGUUCCGAAGGUAAAAUCCGUAUAAUAAUAAGUCAAAAGUGUGCGGCUAUGAAUCAUUUAUCGAGUAAAUUGUUUUAG